AAACCCAAUGGAUGGUGGUGCUUCAAUGGAAACUGAUUCGUCAUUGCAGGGUAUGCCAAAGAAACAGACUCUGGAAUUUAUCCUUGACAUCCUACAGAGGAGAGACACACAAGAGAUAUUUGCACAGCCAGUUGACCCUGAUGAGGUUGUUGGCUAUUACGAUAUCAUUAAAGAGCCGAUGGAUUUUGGAACCAUAAGGGCUAAACUUCAAGAAGGGAUGUAUACAAGUCUGGAUCAAUUUCAGCGUGAUGUGUUCCUUAUAUCCAGCAAUGCAAUGAAAUUUAAUUCAUCGACAACUGUUUAUUAUUCAGAGGCCCGUGCUAUAAGUGAACUCGCUCAGCGGGUCUUCAAUUCUCUGAGAACUGAACCUGAGAAAUUUGAACUGGAGAACUCGAGGAUGAGAAGACACCCUGCUCAGAAAGGCCAUGGUAAAACUGGAAGUGCACUGAAUAAGCUUGUUAAACUUGCUGGGUUCAGAGACGGUGCUUCACUCAACAGCACCUCUCUAAAGAGAGCUACCCAAACACACCCUGCUUCAACACGUCUAAAUCCUCUCGUUGACCAUACAAAAAAUGAAAUGCCUUCUGGCUCAAGAGAUGGUAGAAAUUUAGAAUCCUCUGAAACUGCUAGGCGUAUGACAUAUAUGCCUCAAACCUCCUCUAUCAAUGGCAAAGGGUCAAUAAUUUCUGAACUCUAUAAUACCCCAAAAGUGCUUAACCCUAUUCCAGAUUCAAGUAUCCGAUACAAGGAAAGUCUCAAGCAAUUCGUUAAAGAUUUGGGACCGACAGCUCAAAUGGUUGCUAAUAAGAAACUAGGAAAACAUCCAAUUGAAACUCCAAAUUUCGCGUCCUGGAUGCCCACCUCUUCUUGCAAGAAAACAGAUCUGGUCCCUGUGUCAUCUGCACUUAACAGGCCUGCUUGUCUGACUGGGGUUAAUGAUGGCCGUAUGCCUCGUAACAGUUUCAAUUCUAUCUCACCUGCUUCUUUUGAAGGAAAGAUGGUCUUUCCCAGUGGAGGUGUGAAUGGUUAUAAUACAAGAGAAACGAUUCCUACCCCAAAUUGUCUACAAGGGAUCAGAGCUCACCCCAACGAUGGUGGAAGCAAUAACUCUGUUUUGAUGGGAGAAAAUGCCGCUGGCACAAGCAAAAAUAUGGAUGCUUGUGCUUCUUCGGAAGCAAAAAUGAGGGGCUCCAGCGGCAACAUGAAUCUUCUUAUGGCAACUCUCAUGCAAAUCAAUGCUUUUCAAAAUCGAAAUUCCCAAACACCAUCGGGUUAUUUCCCUCUUACUGGAAUGUAUCCUGCCCAGCCAUCACAGCUCAUCACUGAACCUCAGCCAUGGCUAAACAACCAUUCAGAACCAUUUUACUUGCCUUCCCUAAGUACAAAGCUUGCCUGUACAAGUCAGGCAGCAACCUCUUUGCCACAGUUUGAUUUCCAAUGUGCAAAUGGCGAGGGGCCAAGCACUGGUGCUUCAAGUGUAGUUGAGCACAAGCAUGGAACUAAACCUCCUCAAGCCGUUCAACUCCAACCAGCUGAAAGGAUCCAACCUCCACCACCAUGGGAUCCACAAGCAGUAUAUAAUAACCUUCCAAUGAUGGUUAGUGAGCAGCAGAUUCUAUCACGACAGAAUGCAAUGAUCAGGAAACAACAAUCACAGGUUGCAUCAAUGCAACGAAUGCCACUGUCUGGCACAACAAACUUUGUUGAAGGAGUAAAUUCUCAAGUUCAUCAAACCGAGUCUAGCGGUCAUUGCUUUUCAGAAACUCAACAGUUAACCUUGAUGGAUAAUCAGCAGCCUGAUUUGGCUCUUCAAUUGUGAGUUCAUCAUAUAUGAGGGUUCCUGUCCCCAUCGAAUAAGAGAUAGAAUGGUUGUUGCGCUUAUCCCAACAGAUGUAUAAUAGUACUAUUUCUGUCUUUCAAACUUGUUCUUAAUUUGCUUUCAGUGUUCACAGCUACAACUUGUUCUUCUUUUAGCCUUAGCCUUUUUGGUGCUUC